UGACUCGUUUGGGAUUGCACAGGAUUCCCCUCCCCGUCCGGAAACCUUGGCGAGUGGAAGCGGCGAGAAAAAGGGGAGAAACUGCAACCGGUCCAAGGAUUGAAGGAACAUGAAGUCUUCUAAUAAAGCUUUCAACAGGAAGAGCUAGUGGAUGAAGCGUAUCUGCUACAGAAAUCUCCUUUGCCCUUGGCUGUCAUUCUAGUGCCUCUUCUUUUUGCUGCCCGAAAAUUGACAGUUGUGAGACAUGUCCAUUGCACUCAAGCAAGUUUUCAAUAAGGACAAGACUUUUCGCCCCAAACGGAAAUUUGAACCAGGGACUCAACGGUUUGAGCUCCACAAACGAGCACAGGCCUCACUGAACUCUGGGGUGGACCUGAAAGCAGCCGUGCAGCUGCCCAGUGGAGAAGAUCUAAAUGACUGGGUGGCUGUUCAUGUGGUUGACUUUUUCAACAGAAUCAACCUGAUCUAUGGAACUAUCUGUGAGUUCUGCACAGAUAGGACCUGUCCUGUGAUGUCGGGUGGCCCAAAAUAUGAAUACCGGUGGCAGGAUGACCUGAAGUAUAAGAAACCUACAGCACUACCAGCACCCCAGUAUAUGAAUCUUUUGAUGGACUGGAUUGAGGUUCAGAUCAACAAUGAGGACAUAUUCCCUACUAGUGUAGGAGUACCGUUCCCCAAGAACUUCCUCCAAAUCUGCAAGAAGAUUCUGUGCAGGCUCUUCAGAGUGUUCGUUCACGUCUACAUUCAUCAUUUUGACCGCAUCAUCAUUAUGGGGGCUGAGGCUCACGUCAACACCUGUUACAAGCACUUUUAUUAUUUUGUGACUGAGCUCAAUCUCAUAGACCGGAAGGAACUAGAGCCUUUGAAAGAGAUGACAGCCAGGAUGUGUCACUGAAGAGUCACCACAGAAUGAAAGAUGAAAAAAAAAUGCAAUUUCCUACUAACUGAAGAACUAG